AUGCAGUGCUCGCGGAUGAAGCCCGACGAGCGCCCCACGGCGCAGCAGCUCUUGGAUCACUCCUGGCUGGAGGAGACGGAUGGGAACCGGCUUUGCGAGCUCCUUCCCCCGGAAGAAGCACCGGACGAUGUCCCAGACGUGGACAUCUUCCCGAAGUUGCAGCCACAGCUACCCCAAAUCAUGGAGGAGGAUGAGGACCUCCAGGAUGGUGCUGCGCUCCCGCUCAGUCAGUCGGAGGCUGAUCUGCCAGCAGCUCGGAAAAGGGCCCGGACGAGUUCAGAAUGGGGUUGUCAGGAAAGUGUGGUAUGGUGUUCGGCUUUGGGAUGCUAUCCUCCGUCCGGCAAUGUGGAGGUAAUGGGGUCGGGCUUUGCAGUGCACAGGGCUGGGACCUUCGAGCCAUAA